CUUGGCUAUCGACAUGUCAACUACAAACCCAAUCCUCUUGAUUUUGCAACGUACCAGUCUCUCUGCAAAGGGUUUCUGUGUUCUCAAAGGGGCCAAGCUGCUUUGCUGGCAGGGGGCAUUCUUGCGCAGAUUGCAAGGGACUAUAUUCCGGAUGACGAAGUGUAUAUGAGACCUUCACAUGAUGUAUAUUCAUCAGGAGUGUGCUUUGUGAAAGACAGCGAAUCUGGUGCUUCUUACUGGGAUGAUCAAUUGACCGAUGAUGAGAUCAAUCUCCUCUGCGGUGUCUAUAUGGUAGAAACGGGGCAUCGGGAUGGCAAUGAUCACCAACAGACAAUGUUGUCGUGGUUUCCCAAACCUGCGGCUUGGGCGACCUCAGGAUUGAACGUUGGAUUCUGGACUUCUGACUGCGAGUCCUGGUAUCAGAAGCGCCUCCAAGAGAACAUGUCUGAAAGUGCAGUACUAAGGAGUACCAAUCAAUGGAGGCACUCUCUAUGCUUCUUGAAGCGCUCUCAGAGGGUU